UUUUUCGGUCACACUAACCAUAAAAAUUAAUAAAAAAAAAUUAUCAAAUGACGAUGCUGCAGAUAUAAACAAAGAAAAGCUAGAAAAAACGUUUAUUCUUCAACGUCCGAGUCUUUCGUCAGGCCAAUGACUUUCCAUAUCAACGUGGAUUCCCUGAACACAACUCUGCAGACGCUAGCCGAACGCGUGGAGCUCUUUGCUGGUGUUGCACUUCAAGCGGCUGUCGAUUUGCGAAGCAAAUUCGAGUCAUUGACGGGUGAUUUUGACUGGCAGAACGGCCCCAUAGCCUUCACGGAUCUGCAGGCAACGCUACUAAAGGUCCUGCUCGUCCUGCUUCUAGGAACUUGUGUACUCAUUGGUUAUUCGUGGUCUGUUUACGGCCAGGUCAUCACUGAGAAGUUUGUGAGGCCAAGCACUCUUAAGGAAAUCGAAGAACUUAAAUUGUCGGUGGCCAAGUUAAAGUUGCCCAAGGAACACUCGCCACGUAUUUAAGCUAGACAUGUCCAAGAUCAAGAAGUUCUUCAGU